CCUUUCACUCUCUGAGCUCUGAGAAGCAGAGGACAUACUGUAUUGCUUGUUUGGAUAUUUGGACUGACUUGAAUACAAAGAAUACAAAAAUGACAGCUGCCAUAGUGAUUCUGUGUGUGAUGGGUGCAGCCAUUGCCAACCCUAUUAUGUACAAUAUGACUGUGGACAAAGUUAACUUAACAUCUGGGGUCUCAUCAGCAUCCAAUUCUCUGGAGCAAACAGUCAUGCCUACAUUAAAGGCCAGUUCAUCAGAAUCCGAGUCCUCUGAAACGUUUCAGCUGCAGAAUGUCUCAUCAUCCUCAUCCUCAUCCUCAUCCUCAUCAACAUCAGACAGCAGCUCUUCAGAGCAAGAGAGUUCACUGGUGUCUGACUCAUCCAGCCAAAGUGACACAUCGGAGCAGAUGAGUUCCGAAGAAAAUACAUCAGCAAACUCUACUUCUUCAGAAUCAUCAGAGUCAAGUGAAUCCCAGUCCAAUGAAUCCAAUGUGACGUCAAACGAGAGCCAAAGCGAAUCCCUGGAAGACACGUUUAAUUCAGCAGAGACUGGGGUCACCCGAGAUGACAGCAGAGGAAGCAAAGAGAACCUCAGAAGGUUUUUCAAAGUUUACAACGUCCAAGCGAAAGCAACGGCCUCUGUGAGCGAUUCGCUCCAGUCGACGGAGGAGAGCCAGGACCUGGACAGCAGCAUCUCUAACGAGGUCCCAGGGGCCACCGGGGGGGCACCGAGCCUCUCGAAGGAGAGCGCCGCAAGCAGUGAGGAGAGCAUCAGUCUGGCCCUGGGAAACAGCACGGAGGACAGCGCUACAACAAGCAGCAAGGAGAGCGCGGAGAACAACAGCGCAGAGAGCACAGAGAGCAGCGAGAUGAGCAGCAGUCAGGAGAGCAACGAGAGCAACUGUGUCCCGGGCACCGACCAGGAGUGCGACAGUGACAGUGAUGAGUCCGAUAUGAUGGGCAUUGGGGACAAUGGGGAGCCCGAGCCGUUCGAUGGCUUCUUCAUGCCCUUCGACACUCCAGGAGAGCUGCUGCUGAGAAGAUGACACUAUCGAUUUAGUUUGUCACUCUUCUGCACUCUGUACUGUGUUGCACUUUUAUUUAAUUUAAACCAAAAAACGAUGUGUUUUUCAUACUCCUCCUCAGAAACAUUUGUCGAAAACUGUUAUCUGUCACUGCCGACAGUUGAUAUAUCACUGAAAUGUAUUUAUCAUUUUUUUGUUGCAUUGUAUUAAUUUUAAUAUAAUUCUUGCCAUUUAUUCACUGAAUGUGUUUUCUAUGAAAUGCUAUUCUGCAUAUUUAACAGACUGUUUCCAAAUUAGUUUGCACUAUUUUAUAUGAAUUUGCAGUAACAAAGUAUUUUAGUAACAAAAACAUUAUUUUGAACAUUAAGCUAAUACAUUUGGUCAAUGGAGACCU